UUCCGGUUUCUCUCUGCCUCGUUGUACGUUACCUUUCUACAACUCUUUUUGCGUAAUUUACGUAACAAGCAGUACGUGGAUCACCGAAUGAGGAAGUGCACGUUGCACAGUCGCUGCCGAAGUUGAGGUUCGAAGAAGCGACGUUCUCCAGAUAUUCUUCUCAUUUUCUACCAACACGUGCACAGAUUGAUAUCCUGCGAUGGAAAACACACGACCAGACACGUUUUUGAUAACUGGAGGUUGUGGUUAUUUUGGCCAUCGCCUGGCGUGCUCCCUGCAUAGAAAAGGUACCCGAGUCGUUCUGUUCGACACAGUCCCUCCAACCCAGGAGGUGCCAGAGGACUUUGUGUUUGUGCAAGGUGACAUACGUGACUAUGCACAAGUGGAGAGGGCCGUGGCCGGUGUGGACUGUGUGUUCCACAUCGCGUCCUAUGGCAUGUCUGGCAGGGAGCAGCUGAACCGUCACCUGAUUGAGGCAGUGAACGUUCAGGGUACGCAGAACGUCCUCAAGGCUUGCGUCGAGCACAGAGUGUCCAGGCUGGUUUACACCAGCACCUUCAACGUGGUGUUCGGAGGCCAAGUGAUAGAGAAUGGUGACGAAAGCCUCCCGUAUCUACCGCUCCACCUUCACCCUGACCACUACUCCAGAACAAAGUCCCUGGCAGAGAUGGCCGUGCUGAAAGCCAAUGGCACCGCCAUGCAGGACGGCCUGGGGGUGCUGAGGACUUGCGCCCUGCGUCCAGCGGGCAUCUACGGGCCUGGAGAGCAGAGGCAUCUCCCCAGGAUAGUCGGCUAUAUAGAGAAGGGAAUCUUCAGGUUUGUUUAUGGUGAACCCAGCAGCCUGGUGGAGUUUGUCCACGUGGACAACCUGGUGUCAGCGCACGAGCUGGCUGCGGAGGCGCUGACCUUGGAGAAGCAGCACCGCUCUGCUGGCCAGGCCUACUUCAUCUCAGAUGGCAGGCCGGUCAAUAACUUUGAAUUCUUCAGACCUCUGGUGGAGGGCCUGGGCUAUCCCUUCCCCAAACUACGUCUACCCAUCUCUCUGAUUUACUUUUUUGCCUUUCUCACAGAAAUGAUUCACCACCUGGUCGGCCCCUUCUAUAACUUUCAGCCACUGCUGACGCGCACAGAGGUGUAUAAAACUGGCGUGACGCACUAUUUCAGCAUGGCCAAAGCUAAAGCCGAGCUGGGUUACGAACCCCAGGAGCAAAACCUGGAAGAGGCCGUGCGGUGGUUCAGGUGCAGAGGUCACGGGAAAAAACCUCACAGCUCCUUACUCGGUCGAUUUCUACUCAACGUUCUGAUUGCUACUGCCUUUGCUGCUCUUGCUCUCUCUUUUCUUCCAGUCGUUGGCAGUUGAAGAGAAGCGAAAGCAAAAACAUCAUUUUCCACAAACGUACUGUACAAACCGUACAAAGACUGGUUCAUAAAUAAUGUAGCUUGUUUACAUGUAUUCAUAUGUCAAGAUACACGAAUACAUCUUACAUAACAAUGCUCAUUACUGUCUCAAGUCAACAAAAUGAAAAAGUUUCUCAGGAUUCACAUGUUUGGUUCAGGACAUUUCCAGGUGAUAUUGUACUACCCAAACAUUUAGAAUAUAACUGUAUGUACCAUAUCAUCCAUUUCACCAUGGUAUAGUUGUUUAUUUCAAAACGUGUGCAAAUUGCUACCUUUGUUUUUCCACAACAGUUACCUCACAAAAAUAAAUAUUUUUUUAAAAUCUUUUGUAAAACUAUAUUACGAGAACAAAAGCAAAACUGUAUGAAUAAAACAUUACAACUUAAA